AUGCGCAUGCAUUGGCCUCCCUGGAAGCUGGAGGCAUCGAUCGGUCACUGCACUGGGUCACUCGACGCGACGUUCGUCUCCAAAGGGGAGAUACCGUCCUUUUGCUCCUCGGAGGAGCAGGCAGCCUAG